AUGUUUGCUAGAGGCUUUGAGUGUGCCAGUAUCAAUAGGAUCUAUGGCUUUUACGAUGAAUGCAAAAGAAGAUACAACAUUAAGCUGUGGAAAACGUUCACAGACUGUUUUAACUGCUUACCGAUAGCAGCCAUCGUGGAUGAGAAGAAAUUCUGCUGUCAUGGAGGUUUAUCACCAGAUCUUCAAUCUAUGGAGCAGAUUCGGCGAAUUAUGAGACCAACUGAUGUACCAGAUCAAGGUCUUCUUUGUGAUCUUUUGUGGUCUGACCCCGAUAAAGAUGUCUUAGGCUGGGGUGAAAAUGACAGAGGAGUGUCCUUCACAUUUGGUGCAGAAGUGGUUGCAAAAUUUCUCCAUAAGCAUGAUUUGGAUCUUAUAUGUAGAGCCCAUCAGGUGGUUGAAGAUGGGUAUGAGUUUUUUGCAAAGAGGCAGUUAGUCACUCUGUUUUCUGCACCCAACUACUGCGGCGAGUUUGACAAUGCAGGUGCCAUGAUGAGUGUGGAUGAGAUCCUCAUGUGCUCCUUCCAGAGUUUAAAGCCUGCAGAGAAAAAGAAGCCCAACGCCACGAGACCCGUCACACCGCCAAGGGGUAUGAUCACAAAGCAAGCAAAGAAAUAGAUGUCACUGACACUGCCUAGCUGGGACUUGUAACAUAGCGUACAUAACCCUCCUUUUUAAACUGUAAUGUGCUGGUCAGCCUGCCCAGGGGACCUGCUGGGCCUCCUCCAUUUUGGUUACCGCUGGCACUUGCUGGUUAUAGCAGCGAGUGAGAGGUACUUCAUUCUCAAGAAAGCCUUUUGUUUUUAACCUGUUCC